AUGUUGGUCGCUCCUUGCAGUCUCACUGCAGCGAGAAACGUCACAAGCACAAGCCCGACCGACGUCGCUCUUCCCGCCCUGGCAGUGGACAUGUACCUGGACUGUGUGGAACACGUACGGUCCCAGCAGAGCUCUCACCUGUGGCCGCAGGAGUCCAGUGCAAUCAGAACGCGGUUGCAACUAUCAUGGCCGUUUUGCAACCCUACUACGCUUCGUUUGGGAUUCAUCGACCAGGGCACGUAUUGCCUGGCGCCGCAAGCGUUUCACCAACCGACCAUCGGACAGCACCGAAAUAGGUGGAUUGAUCUUUGCAGGUGGUCAGCACGCGGAAAUGCGAUGCCGUCUGAGGUGAAUCGGGAAGAAGCGUCCAACAAAGGAACUGACUGCAAAAGGAAUUUGAAUUUCAAGGGCCAUCAUCAUCGCGAGGUUGCAUGGAAAGUGGGGCACGCAAAGCAGCAACAAAAAGCCUCCAAGUCCCGUGGCCGCGCGUGGCCGGGGACGCUGCAGCCACUGAGCGCCCAUGCUACCUCUGGCCUGUCGGACUUGCAAUUAGCAGUUUAG